UACAAACUUCUUUCUAAACGAUGACAACCAGAGAAAUAGAACUGUCAAAAAUUUAUUUAAAAUUUGAGCAAUUUCGAUUUCAAAAAUUUUGAGGCAAGAUGUAAUCUUUCGGUGGAUUCAAAGUUUUAGAUUUGAAUGAGAUAUUUUUUCCAACAUUAUUCCAUUGGAUAAGGAGUCAUAAUAGUCGCAACAACCCUGAGCCGGUGCACUAUGCAGUGCUGAUUGUUUUUGGAGCGAGCUCCAUCGGGUAAGCCCGGUGACACCUGCACAGAUACCAGGUGAGAAAGGCACUCCUGAAUUUCCGAAUUACUUUUAACAAAAUCCUUGCUUAUCUGUCUGUAAUUCAGAAAGGUAUGGCCUUAUAUUAUCUGACAAAGGUAAACCAAAGCCCACAUUCCAGGCUUCAAGGAAUGUUUUUGGAAACGAUUCUGAUUCAGACGACGAAUCCAAGAAAAGACCAGCUUUGCCUCGACCUAGCGAUCAUAUGAAUAGAAAGAUAAAAUUGACUCAGGAAAAAGCUUUGAAUGAAGAUCCAACAGUUUACCAGUAUGAUGAAAUCUAUGAAGAAAUGGUUUGCAAAAAAGAUAAGGAAAAGGUUAAAACGAAGGAGGAAAAGAAACCGCAGUACAUAGAAAAUCUGAUGAAGGCAGCCAACAAACGUAAAAUUGAGAAUGAAAGGCGUAUUGAGAGACAAGUUCAGAAAGAAAGAGAAAAGGAAGGCGAUGAAUUCAAAGAUAAGGAAGUUUUUGUGACAUCAGCAUACAAAAAGAAAUUGGAGGAAAUGAGAUUAGAAGAAGAGAAAGAGAAAAGGGAAGAAUAUUUAGAGAACAUAGGAGAUGUUAUGAAGCAAAGAGAUUUAGGUGGUUUUUAUCGUCAUUUGUAUGAACAGAAGUUAGGAAAAGAUAAAACAGAAGGAGAUAAUGUAGAGGCAACAAAGCCUGAAGUACCAGAAGAAAACCUCAAAACAGAUGAUGCAUCUACAAAAACUACUACAAAUCCUGAUACACAAAAGAAAAGAAAUUAUAGAAAACGAAAAUCAUCAGAUAGGACAAGAUUGUCAGAAGGUGAAAUAGAGGACUCUGAUGAAGAGUUUAAUCGAGUCAAUUUAGAUGAUCUGAGAUUGGCAAAGAAACAAAAAUCAGACAAUAUUGAUGCAGAUUCUGAUUUUUCCAUUGACGAGUCUAGUGAUGAAGAAAAGGACAAGAAAGAUGAAGAACCUUUGAAAAUUAAACCAGAAAAAAGUGAAAAGAUCAGCACAAAAGAAAAAGACAGUAGCCCAAAACAAAUUAAAAAUGAAAGUACUGAAAUUGCAGAACCUGCACCAAAAGAGAAAAUUGAUAUUUGGAAAAAGAGAACUGUUGGACUAGUUUUUGAAGAAGCUCUUAAAAGGUAUUAUGAAAGAAAAGCAGCCAGGGGUUGUUGAUUAAAUUGGGCCUUUAUUUCGUAAGCCAUUUUCUAUAAUAUUAAGAAGCAAAAUUAAACAUAUUUAAUAUU